GGGUGAUCUGUCAUUUUACCGGAAAUUUCGCCCGCCACCAUUGGUGUUUAACGCGUUUUUUUAUUUUUGAAUUCCAAUUAUCUUCUAGUAAUAAGACUGUUACAGUAAUAACGAAGACAAAUAUAUCUUCUUAGAUCAUGGCACCAAGAUCAGCAAAAGCUAAGAAAGCAGCAGAAGCAAAAGUAGCAGACAAUGAUGCACCUAAAAAAGGAAGAGGCAAAGCAAAAGUAGUUGAAGAUCCUGAAACUGAGUCUGUAGAAGCUGAAGUUGAUGAAAAGAACAUUGUAUCUGAAAAGAAAACCAAACGCGGAAGGAAAGCUGCCGGUGACACAAAUGGACAAGAUGAGAAUGGUAAAAUAGAGGAAACAGUCCAAGCACCAAAAAAAGGAAGGAAGAAGAAUGUAGAGGAACCUCCGGUGGAAAAUAAAUCUACUGAUGAACCCUCAGUUGAAGAUGAAGUGGCAUUGUCUGAGGAAAAUAAUCCUAGUGAAGAUGGUUCAGAAACAAAUGGUCACAUAGAAGAAGAACAAGUUCCUUCAGGUAGGGGACGUAAGAAACAAACCAAAAAGGAAGUUAAAAAACCAGAGCCUAGAACAGGCAGAGGUAGGAAACCUAAACAAGAAAUAGAAGAUGAAGUUGAAGACAAACCAAAAGGUAGGGGCAGAGGACGCAAAGCCAAAGCUGAAGAAGCUGAGUCUGAUAUAUCUGAAACUGUUGAGGAUGAAGGAAAGCCAGAAGCUGCUAAAGGCAAGAAGAAAGUUCAGAACCAAGCUGUUGAGAAGCCUGCAGAGAAUGAUGAUGAUGAAGUAGAAGAGGAAAAUGUAGAGGAACCAAAAAAGAAGGAAACCAAAAGUCGCAAAAAUCAGGGCAAAAAAGUAGCUGCCAAAGAAGAGACUGAUGAUGCUGUGAGGGAAGAUGAACCAGCUUCUAAGAAAAGGAAGGUCACAAAAAAAGAUGAAAAACAAAAAGCUGCACAAAAUGAAGACGAUAAUGUUGAUGAAGAGGAAAAACCUGAACCAAAGCCUGCAAAAGGAAGGCGGGGUCAAAAGAAGGCAGAAGUAUCUGCUGAAUCCCAUGAGGAGCCACAGGACACUGGUGAGCCAACUACAAAACGUCGACGCAAGCCUGUCGAAGAAAAGGUGAACACCGAAGACGCGAAAAAGAAAGCACCGCCCAAGAAUAAAUCCACGACAAAUUACGAAGAUAUUGACUUUACAAAUGAAUCGAAGACGACGCAAGGCAAAGAAUGGAACUUCAAGAUAGCGAGUUGGAACGUUGACGGGAUCAGAGCGUGGAUGAGCAAAGGAGGCUUGGAUUACAUUAAAUACGAGAAGCCGGACAUUUUCUGUUUGCAAGAGACGAAAUGUGCAACGGACAAAUUGCCAGACGAGGUGGCUAAUGUUCCGGGCUAUCAUGCGUACUGGUUGGCCGGGGACAAAGAUGGCUACGCAGGCGUAGGCAUCUACACGACAAAGCUAGCGAUGAACGUUAAAUAUGGCUUGCAAAACGAAGAGCUGGACGAUGAAGGUCGCAUUAUAACGGCGGAGUACGAACAGUUUUACUUGAUUUGUACGUACGUACCGAACGCGGGCCGGAAACUAGUCACAAUGCCCAAAAGGCUGCGAUGGAACGAGGAAUUCCUCAAACACGUCAAAGAAUUAGAUAAGAAGAAACCUGUGAUAAUAUGCGGCGACAUGAACGUUUCCCAUAAGGAAAUCGAUUUAGCGAAUCCGAAGACGAACAGAAAGAAUGCCGGCUUCACGGACGAGGAGCGCGCCGGCAUGACGCAGCUGCUCGGCGACGGGUUCGUCGACACCUUCCGACAUUUCCACCCCGACCAGACGGGCUCAUACACCUUCUGGACGUACAUGAUGAAUUCCCGUUCGAAGAACGUCGGAUGGCGUUUGGACUACUUCAUAGUUUCCGACAGACUGAUUCCGUCGGUCUGCGACAACGUCAUCCGCGACAAGGUGUACGGCAGCGACCACUGUCCGAUAGCGCUCUUUCUAAAUCUAACAACAGCCGAGAAACCGAAGGAAUAAAGUCCUUGUGUACUUUGUCCCGAUGCCGAACUGCCCACCAGCCCGACUCGCUCAACUGCUCCCGACACUCAUACGAGUUAUAAAUAUUGGCAAAAACUUGUGUCUAAUUAAAAAUUUUACUAUAAUAUUUUAAGUGUUGCUUGUAAAAAAACCCAGGAAAUUCAUUAAUUUUCAAUGCUUAAUCGAUUUGAUUGCUGCAGAUAGGCAAGACGCCCCCAAUUAGUGUUAGACCCACAAUAUGAGAUGUGGUUAUGCCGCCGCGAACCUUGAAUCUUGAACAGUUGAAGACAUUGUAGGUUAUAAUACCGGUUGUCUAUUCUUUAAACCGAAAAAGCGGAUUGGUGCAGGUGUGCUUAAAAAUUUCGAAAAAUGUUAAAAACAUUAAGCCACGGCAGCUCGUGAUUUGUAAUCUUAUAUUUCAAUUUGAAAAAAAAAGACAAAUGAUUCUGUGAUUUUACGUUUCUUUGGUAAAUUGCGAAAAUAUGGACUGAUACAUUUUGUUUCGUAACAAAAUAAAAUUUUGU